CCACAUAAAUCAACUUACCUUUCUUCUAAAGUUAUUUUUUUUUUUCCUUCUUUUCCUACCGUUUCUUUCCUUAUCUUUGCAUUAGGAGAGACUUUAACGAAAUAGUUACUGAAACAGUUUAUAUUUAUUCUGAUCAACCCCGCGAUAUUGCCCCUUAAAUCAUAAACCCGACUCACGCCCAACCAUGAGAAUUACAAUUAGAUUAUCCACCAACUCGGCUUACACGCUCACCAUCCCUGACAACUCGACCGUGCAAGACCUUCGAACCUCAGCAAAAGUGGCGUGUCCCCCAUCAGCCAAACUCCCCACUGACUUUAAGCUUAUUUAUAACGGGCAAAAGUUGGACCCCCAUUACAAACUUCUUCUGGAUUUUGGUAUCAGUCCAGAAGGUAGUGACAUUAUUUUGAUGAGUAACGGAGUGGCCAGUCCAAUCAGUUCUCCAUCCUUGACCCCUACCACCGUCAGAAAGACCACCAACGCCACAAAGAAGAAGUCCCGCUGUUCUUUUAAAUCGUGCUCCUCUGCACCAUUAAGAAUGGUUGGCGAAUGCUCGCACUGCUCUGGUAAGUUUUGUGCUAAGCACCGUCUUCUUGAAGACCAUCACUGUCAAGACUUGCAAUAUUGCAGGGAUUCAGCUCAUGAAAGAAAUGCCAUGAAGUUACACAGUGAAAGCACUAUGGCCCCUAGGGUUUAACGAUAUAUGUAUAUGUAUAUAUAUACACUAGUAGAUA